UCAUCACGUUGGUCCGAUGCCUGACGCUCCGAUGGCGCGUCCUCGCCUCUCGAUGCCGUCGCUUUUGCUUCGCCGACGCCCGUCGCUCAGCACCAAGUACCGUCUCGGCCGCAUUCUCGGCACCGGCGGUUGUGCGAUCGUCCACGAAGCCGAGCACCGCUGGUCGGGUGCCAAGGUCGCGAUCAAAGUGCUCACCAAAGCCAACGCGGCGGCGACCGCCGAGGCCACGCUACUGCAGUCGCUACACCACCCCAACAUUGUCCAGUGCACCGAAUGCAUCGAGUCCACCGAUGGCCCUUGCGUCGUGCUCGAGCUCCUCGCGGGUGGGGACCUCUUUAGCCGCUAUCAGCACCAGCGGCGCUUUUCAGAAGACGACGUGCGUCAUGUGGUCUAUGGCGUCUUGAGUGCUCUUGCCUACUGCCACGCGCGCAGCCUCGUGCACCGCGAUAUCAAGCUCGAAAACAUCCUCUUUGACAAGCACGACAACGUCAAGCUCGCGGAUUUCGGCCUCGCAACGUACGCAACCAGUGCCUUGUCGCGGGCGUGUGGCACGAUCGGGUUCCUUGCGCCCGAAGUCGCCCACGCGCAGCCGUACGGGACACCUAUUGACAUUUGGGCCACGGGCAUCGUCAUGUUUACGCUACUGUUUGACCGCCUCCCGUUCGGCACGUCGUUCGAGACGCUGCACAGUCUCACCGAUGCGUCGACGGUGCCGUACCCACCGCACAAGACGGAGUGGCUCUCGGCGAAUGCACGUCGCGUCCUCGAGGCCAUGCUCACCGUGGACCCUACCAAGCGCGCGACGGCAGCCGACCUGCUGCUGGAUCCGUGGUUCCAAGCUCCGAUGCCGUCAUGGCUAGCGGCGCCGACAACAGCGCCAAAGAAGCUUGGUUUUUGGGCCAAGCUGCGCCCUCGUUUUAUGGCCAAAGCCGCCUAG